UCAUCAUCGUUUAGUUCUAUUUGUCCACCGAGAGAACAAAACCAGAGCGAGCGGAGAGAGUACAGGGGAACGUCGGGGAAAAACUCCAAGGCUCGAUUCUUGAGCUACAGUGAUCCAAAAAUCCUGUAAGUAAUGCCUAAUUCAUCUAUUCAUCGUGAUUUAUCGAUUUAGAGUUUUAAAACGAGUUUUUGGUUCAGGAAUUUCUUGAAUUCCCGUUAAGCCAAAUUAGGGUUUCGGAGUAUCCGGAAGCCGGAUUGAGCCCAAAUUUCAUAUACGAGCUUCUUGCAGCGAGGUAAUCAAUCCCCUAGUUCUAAUUCCUGAUUUUCGGCUAUUAUUUAGGCCAGGGUCCAAACCGCUGAAUUUAGCUCCGGCCAGGGUUUGAUGUGUUUUUAUCAAGAAUUUGACCCGGAGCCUAGAACUAAUAUUGACGGGGAUACUGCAGGGGAUAUUAGGACGGUCUCGGAUUUUAAUUUGGUGUUCGUUCGAGAAAUUGACGUUUUAGUACGGGAAGCUAAAACCGGUGUUUGAACGACCAGAACUGGUGAGGGAUUAGCACGGCAUACCGGGUUUGUCGUAUCACGAUAAUUAUAUUGAUUCUUAGAAUUGAUCUAGGUGAACUAGAAUGGCAUGAUUGGGGGUGUAUGAGCUUUUGUGCUAUAUGUUGAACCCUGGAUUGCUGUAUGAUAUUAUUGACUUGCCCUAAUCGAUAUGAACCUUGUUUAUGCUGAUGAUUGUGUAUAUGUUGCAAAUUGUGGGCUUGACUGUUAAUAUGCUUUACAAUGGUUCGAGAAGGUGAUUAGGUAUGAUUUUUCAUGAUUGUUGUAUUUGGAUGCACAAGUGGCAAAAUAUAUAUUCCCUGGUGAUAUUAUGAUGUUUUAAGGAGGAUGACUUGCACGAGGGUUUAUCCCGAGGAAGUGCAAUUAUACGACUCCUAAUUUACCUAUGUUGAGCCAAUUAUGGCCAGGUCAAGUUCAUGUGUAAGUAAUGAAUUAUGAUUAAGCAAGAUGAGAUAUGAAUCAUGUAUAAGGAUACCAAAUAUGAGUGUUGUGGUCUCACGGUCAAUUACAUAGUAAUUAGGGCUCCCUAUGCUAUUACUCUAUUAUGAUAUGUAUGAUAGUCACACCUCUCAUGUGGUGGUGACUGAAGAAUUCUCACGAGAUAUGACCACACCCAGAGCGGUGUCGGGGUAUGACUACACCCAUAGUGGUGUGGGGUAUGUAUGACCACAUCCGACGGGAUGUUGGGGUAUGUAUGACUACAUCCGACGGGAUGUGGGGUAUGUUUCCCGGGAGAGUUAUUAGCAUGGGAGUAGCCAGGCGCCUAUAAGUAAAACAUGAUAAGAUGCAUAUGCAUAAGUCAAGGUGGUUGAGUCUUUUGCCUAUUGGGAUAUGAGGACAGCUGAGGUCCGAUCCUAGUGUUUUGGCUUGAUUGUUAGAUGUAUGGUAGGGGUAUGCUCUGUUAUGAACUCACGAUGCUAUGAUUAUCUCACUCAGCUAUGAGCUGACCCUCUUUUAUUCUUCUUCUCUGCUUAUGCUAUGUGUAAGCAGAUCAUCAGCAGCAGUAGUAGAUAGGUGUAUAGGUGGGAGCUGAGCUAGAGUUGAAGCCAGGAUGAGGUAUGGUCUUCAACUAUUUUGUGCUUGGACUACUACUCGGGAUUUUGGCCAGUGAUCCACACCUUUUUGUAAAAAUGUUUUGAGAACGUUUUUCAUGUGCACACUAGCUUCUGAUGUAGUGUGAGAUAUCCACAGGUGUGGAAAGUUGAUGAUAUGUGUAUAUGUUGUGUAACUGUGUAAGUUGUGACAAUUAUGGUAUGUAUAAGUUUGGUAUGCAGUUGUGUAGUAUGAAACAGUGACUAUGGCUAUGUAAGUCCAUGUAUAUGGUUUGAGUAUAUAUGUUUGUGAUGAAUUAUUUUGCAGGACAAGUUGCAAGAACUGUUAGCCCAUUACGCGAGUAAUUCAUGUCGAAAUUUUAUUUGGGUAAAUUUUGAUAAUUAAUGUAGCACCCGAGAUUAAUUCCGCUGCAAUUGUGUGAACAAUAUGAUUAGGCAAAACGUAUAGGGUAGGGUGUUACAGUUUGGUAUCAGAGCCCGGUUCCCUCUUUUUGCUGUUAUGGCGUACUAUACCCUAUGGGAGGUUAAACACUCCUAAGGAGGGGAGCGCCCCAUAAUGACUUAAACUGGGAAUUGAGUUUGACAUGAUUAUGUGUAUUGGUAUGUUGGAUGAAAUUAUCUGCAUCAUGGUUUUCAAAAUUGAGUUUUGAACUUCUAUGUUUUCAAGUAAUUAUUUUGGAAAAUUUUUGUUUUAACCAAGUGAGAAAUUUGGUGAGGAAUGAAUUUUGUGUGGAUCAAUCUAAGGCCAAUAUUUCCUUGUAGCUAACACGGAAGUUGUCAUAAUGUUCCUACUGACCAGUCGAGAGGAGUGGGGGCGGUUGAUGCAAGACCGCCAGUAUUAGAUUAUGCAAAGAUGAAGAGUUUGGGUGCUAGGGACUUUAAGGGAGAUGUGAGCCCAGAUGCUGUAGUAGAGUGGUUGAGAGAGAUGGAAGAUGUGUUUGAGUAUCUUUAUGCAACCCCAGAGGAAAAAGUGCAAUAUGUUGUUUUUCUCCUAAAGGGGUAUGCGAGGAGCUGGUGGUCCUCAGUCUCUAGAGUUAAUGGUGAACGAGUUCAGUUCACCUGGGAGGAGUUCCUGAAGGCCUUUAAGACAGAGUUUCUUCCCGAAGCUUUUAUCAGGGCAAAGAACAAUGAAUUCGCCAACCUUAAGCAGGAGAAUAUGACAGUUACUGAGUACACCAUCAAGUUUGUUCGACUACUUUACUUUGAAGAUGGGUUGGCGGAUACUGAGCAUAAGAAGAAGAUGAGAUACUUGCAUGGUCUGCGCAUAGGAUUGAAAGAAAAGAUCCACAGGGUUGAUGAAGAGAGCAUGGCCACAAUCAAGGAGGCAGCACUUAAGUAUGAAGCCUAUGAAGUUGAGAGCCGAGAGGAACACAAGGCCAAAGAAGAGGAGGAGAAGAGGAAGUUUGGAGUAAAUUAUGCUGGACCUCGUUACCCACCCAGGAGAGGUCCUAGCAGUUUUGGGAGAACAUCGAGUCAAUCUAUGUCAGGAACAUCAUACAGGGCACCAAUUUCCUCAGCCACACAAUUUCCAUUUUGUCAAGUUUGUCAGAAGAGGCAUCCUGGAGAGUGUAGGAGAUUUUCUGGUGUAUGCUUUCACUGUGGCCAACCUGGGCACAUCAUGAGGGAUUGCCCGCAUUCGAGAGAAGUAAGAGCUACACAGUCAGAGCCUUCAGUGCACAUUAGUAGAGCCCCAUUCAGGGGUGGUUACCAGGGAGGCCGUAGUGGAUUUCAGAGUGGUCGUGGUGGUUCACAGGGUGGUAGAGGUGGUGGUCGAAAUCAGCCAUCAGGAAGUGGUACGCAGGGUACCAGAGCACAGGGAGCACCGAGGGUUUAUGCAAUGACUCGAGGUGAGGCAGAAGUGGCACCAGAAGUUGUGACUGGUAUGCUUUCUAUCCUUGGCAAGCAAUUAUAUGCUUUGAUCGAUACUGGUUCCUCUCACUCAUUCAUGUCAUAUACGUUUUCACAUAUGCUACGCUUAGUUCCAGAUAAGCUAGGUUAUACCUUAUGUGUUAAAACACCUGUGGGAGAUACCUUGAAGGUAGACUCAGUUAUUAGAAGUUCCUUCAUUUGUGUGGAAGGAGCUUUCCUAGCAGCAAAUUUAAUUCUGCUACCUUUUGAUGAAUUUGAUGUCAUCCUUGGAAUGGACUUUCUGGCAACACAUGGAGCUGUUGUGGAUUGUCAAAAGAAAGAAGUGUUAUUCAACACACCAGAUAAAGGUCCUGUUGUAUUCCGAGGCAUUAAGAAAAAGGAGACUCAUGGUUUUCUUUCUGCCUUGGAAGCUUUUCGAUUAGUGAAGGAAGGUUGUGAAGCCUUUCUUGCUCAAGUUACUGUAGUAAUUGAUAAGAAGGUUGAGGAUGUAGAGGUGGUAAGGGAGUUUCCUGAUGUAUUCCCCGAAGAACUUCCCGGCCUUCCACCAGAAAGGGAAGUAGAGUUUGAUAUUGAAUUGGUACCUGGCACAACACCAAUUUCAAUGGCACCAUAUAGAAUGGCACCAAUUGAGCUGAAGGAGCUUAAAGAACAAUUGCAAGAAUUGUUAGAUAAGGGGUUUAUUCGACCUAGCAUCUCACCUUGGGGUGCACCGGUUUUGUUUGUCAAGAAGAAAGAUGGUUCCAUGAGAAUGUGCAUUGACUACCGGAGGUUGAAUAAGGCGACAGUGAAGAAUCGUUAUCCCCUUCCAAGAAUAGAUGAUUUGUUUGAUCAAUUGCAGGGUGCAUCAGUCUUUUCUAAGAUUGAUUUGAGGUCUGGAUACCAUCAAUUGAAAGUGGCAGAUGGGGCAACCUCAAAGACAGCUUUUAGAACAAGAUAUGGGCAUUAUGAGUUCCUGGUAAUGCCUUUUGGACUCACUAAUGCACCAGCGGUAUUUAUGGCUCUUAUGAACAGAGUUUUUCAUGAAUAUCUUGAUAAGUUUGUGAUUGUGUUCAUAGAUGAUAUUCUCAUCUAUUCUAAAAGCGAGGAGGAGCACAAAACUCACCUUAGAAUUGUGUUGCAAAUUCUAAGGGAGAAACAAUUAUAUGCAAAAUUCUCAAAAUGUGAGUUUUGGCUGAAGGAGGUAAUAUUUCUGGGACAUGUAAUUUCUGGAAGAGGUGUCGAGGUGGAUCCGAAAAAGGUGGAAGCAGUGGUGAGUUGGACUCCACCAAAAGAUGUGUCGGAGUUGAGAAGUUUUCUUGGCAUGGCAGGUUAUUAUCGACGGUUUGUCGAAGGAUUUUCCAAAAUUGCUGCACCAUUGACUAAACUGUUGAGGAAGAAUACCAAGUAUGUUUGGGAUGAAUCAUGUCAAAGGAGUUUUGAUGAACUGAAGAAGAGAUUGACCACUGCACCAGUACUUGCACUACCUUCAAGUCAGGGAGAGUUUGUGGUGUAUAGUGAUGCCUCGUAUCAAGGAUUGGGUUGUGUGUUAAUGCAAGAUGGAAGAGUUAUCGCAUAUGCCUCUAGGCAAUUGCGUCCUCAUGAAGUAAAUUAUCCCACUCAUGACUUAGAAUUGGCAGCGGUGGUAUUUGCUCUCAAGAUUUGGCGACAUUAUUUGUAUGGUGAGACUUUUAAAAUGCUAACUGAUCACAAAAGCCUGAAGUAUAUUAUGGAUCAGAAGGAUUUAAAUAGUCGCCAGAGGAGAUGGAUAGAGUUGUUGAAAGAUUAUGAUUGUACCAUUGAUUACCAUCCAGGUAAAGCUAAUGUAGUUGCUGAUGCUCUGAGCAGAAAGGGGAAGAAGAAUAUAAAUGAUCUGGUUGAUUUGAGGGCAAUGAAUGUUGAUUUGGAAGUGGAUGGUGUGACAGGGUUACUAGCUCGGUUGAACAUUCGACCUUUGUUGCACGACAAAAUUCGUGAGAAGCAGAAGGAGGACCCAGAGUUGGUAAAAAUCAUUCAAGACAUUGAGGAAGGAAAAGAAAGCCCAUUUGAAAUGGUAGAUGGCAUGUUGAAGAUUAAUGGAAGAGCAUGUGUUCCUAAUGUUGAUAACUUGAGGAAAGAGAUCCUAGAUGAAGCUCAUUCUUCUGCUUAUGCUAUGCACCCAGGAGCAACUAAAAUGUAUCACACGAUCAAACCAUAUUUUUGGUGGCGUGGGAUGAAAAAGGAAGCGGCUGAACAUGUUCUCACAUGUCUAGUAUGUCAGAAAGUUAAGGCAGAACAUCAAGCUCCCGUGGGAAAACUGCAACCACUUCCAAUUCCAGAAUGGAAGUGGGAAAGAAUCACAAUGGAUUUUGUAUAUGGUCUCCCAUCAUCAAGGGGAAAAGAUGCAGUAUGGGUUAUUGUGGACCGACUAACCAAAUCGGCUCACUUUUUACCCAUUAGAUGGAAACCAUCACUGGAGACUUUGUCUCAACUAUAUAUUAAGGAGAUCGUCAGAUUGCAUGGUGUGCCAAUUUCUAUUGUCUCUGAUCGAGAUCCAAGCUUCACAUCUCGAUUUUGGCAAAGUUUACAUGAUGCCUUGGGAACUAAACUGCAUUUUACUUCAGCUUAUCAUCCUCAAACAGAUGGGCAGAGUGAACGAACCAUCCUAACUUUGGAGGAGUUACUUCGAUCAUGUGUAAUGCAAUGGGAGGAAUCAUGGAUUGACCAUUUGCCCUUAAUUGAGUUUGCUUACAACAACCAGUACCAUAGUAGUUUGGGUGUUCCACCAUAUGAAGCACUUUAUGGGAGGAAGUGUAGAACACCAUUAUGUUGGGAUGUAGAAGGAGCAAGGCAAAUCUCAGGGCCAGAGAUAGUUCAGAUCACAGUUGAUAAGGUCAAGGAAAUCAGGGAGCGUUUGAGGGUGGCUCAAGAUCGACAGAAAGUUUAUGUUGACACGAAUAGGCGUGAAGUUAAUUUCGAAGUGGGUGAGAAAGUAUUUCUCAAAGUGUCACCAUGGAAAGGGGUGAUGAGAUUUGGUAAGAAAGGAAAGCUGGCACCUCGAUAUAUUGGGCCAUAUGAAAUCACAGAGAAGAUUGGACCCGUGGCAUAUAAACUAGCAUUGCCUCCAGAGCUAUCCCAAAUCCACAAUGUAUUUCAUGUUAGUAUGCUGAAGAGGUACAAAGUGGAUCCUUCCCAUGUUAUACAACCAGAAGAGAUCGAGUUGGGUCCAGAUUUGACAUUUGAAGAGGUCCCAGUUGAGAUUGUUGAUUUUCAGAUUAAGACUCUUCGUAGGAAGGAAAUUCCAAUGUUGAAGGUUGUGUGGAGGAAUCAAGAAAGUGAGAGUGCUACCUGGGAUACUGAAGCAAGUAUGCGAGAGAAGUACCCUGAGUUGGUAGCGACAUACUUUGCAGGUUAACAGUCUUGCUUAAUAAGUUAUGUUUUGAACUUGUUGAUGUGCUUUUGUUGUGAUAGCCCAGUAUAGGUUUUGGAAACCUAAACAUGGGAACUUGAGGUGUUAUGUGUUACUUUCUAUGUUAUGAAUUGCCUGACCUAAGAGUUAGGUAAUGACUUUAUGUAUGAUAGAUCAUGUUAAGGGUUAGUAAGAGGAGUUAGAGUACGACUCAAGGUUAGAUUUCGGGGACGAAAUCUUUUAAGGAGGGGAGAAUUGUAACAUCCCAUUUCGGCUAAACCCAUAUUUCGAUCGCUAGAAAGUUCGCGAUUUAAAAAUGAGCGUUUUGACAGUAUUUCGGCGAAAAUCGGAUUAUCGAUCGAUCGGAUAAGUAUAUAUAUAUUAAUUAUAUAUAUAUAUAUAAUAUAUAUAAUAUAUUAAUUAUAUAUAUAUAUAUAUAUAUAUAUAUAUAUAUAUAUAUAUUAAGCGGCCGGGCCGCAUAUAUAUUAAUUCCCUGUCCAUUAAUUCUCACCAUCAUCAUCGUUUAGUUCUAUUUGUCCACCGAGAGAACAAAACCAGAGCGAGCGGAGAGAGUACAGGGGAAUGUCGGGGAAAAACUCCAAGGCUCGAUUCUUGAGCUACAGUGAUCCAAAAAUCCCGUAAGUAAUGCCUAAUUCAUCUAUUCAUCGUGAUUUAUCGAUUUAGAGUUUUAAAACGAGUUUUUGGUUCAGGAAUUUCUUGAAUUCCCGUUAAGCCAAAUUAGGGUUUCGGAGUAUCCGGAAGCCGGAUUGAGCCCAAAUUUCAUAUACGAACUUCUUGCAGCGAGGUAAUCAAUCCCCUAGUUCUAAUUCCUGAUUUUCGGCUAUUAUUUAGGCCAGGGUCCAAACCGCUGAAUUUAGCUCCGGCCAGGGUUUGAUGUGUUUUUAUCAAGAAUUUGACCCGGAGCCUAGAACUAAUAUUGACGGGGAUACUGCAGGGGAUAUUAGGACGGUCUCGGAUUUUAAUUUGGUGUUCGUUCGAGAAAUUGACGUUUUAGUACGGGAAGCUAAAACCGGUGUUUGAACGACCAGAACUGGUGAGGGAUUAGCACGGCAUACCGGGUUUGUCGUAUCACGAUAAUUAUAUUGAUUCUUAGAAUUGAUCUAGGUGAACUAGAAUGGCAUGAUUAGGGGUGUAUGAGCUUUUGUGCUAUAUGUUGAACCCUGGAUUGCUGUAUGAUAUUAUUGACUUGCCCUAAUCGAUAUGAACCUUGUUUAUGCUGAUGAUUGUGUAUAUGUUGCAAAUUGUGGGCUUGACUGUUAAUAUGCUUUACGAUGGUUCGAGAAGGUGAUUAGGUAUGAUUUUUCAUGAUUGUUGUAUUUGGAUGCACAAGUGGCAAAAUAUAUAUUCCCUGGUGAUAUUAUGAUGUUUUAAGGAGGAUGACUUGCACGAGGGUUUAUCCCGAGGAAGUGCAAUUAUACGACUCCUAAUUUACCUAUGUUGAGCCAAUUAUGGCCAGGUCAAGUUCAUGUGUAAGUAAUGAAUUAUGAUUAAGCAAGAUGAGAUAUGAAUCAUGUAUAAGGAUACCAAAUAUGAGUGUUGUGGUCUCACGGUCAAUUACAUAGUAAUUAGGGCUCCCUAUGCUAUUACUCUAUUAUGAUAUGUAUGAUAGUCACACCUCUCAUGUGGUGCUGACUGAAGAAUUCUCACGAGAUAUGACCACACCCAGAGCGGUGUCGGGGUAUGACUACACCCAUAGUGGUGUGGGGUAUGUAUGACCACAUCCGACGGGAUGUUGGGGUAUGUAUGACUACAUCCGACGGGAUGUGGGGUAUGUUUCCCGGGAGAGUUAUUAGCAUGGGAGUAGCCAGGCGCCUAUAAGUAAAACAUGAUAAGAUGCAUAUGCAUAAGUCAAGGUGGUUGAGUCUUUUGCCUAUUGGGAUAUGAGGACAGCUGAGGUCCGAUCCUAGUGUUUUGGCUUGAUUGUUAGAUGUAUGGUAGGGCUAUGCUUUGUUAUGAACUCACGAUGCUAUGAUUAUCUCACUCAGCUAUGAGCUGACCCUCUUUUAUUCUUCUUCUCUGCUUAUGCUAUGUGUAAGCAGAUCAUCAGCAGCAGUAGUAGAUAGGUGUAUAGGUGGGAGCUGAGCUAGAUUGAAGCCAGGAUGAGGUAUGGUCUUCAACUAUUUUGUGCUUGGACUACUACUCGGGAUUUUGGCCAGUGAUCCACACCUUUUUGUAAAAAUGUUUUGAGAACGUUUUUCAUGUGCACACUAGCUUCUGAUGUAGUGAGAUAUCCACAGGUGUGGAAAGUUGAUGAUAUGUGUAUAUGUUGUGUAACUGUGUAAGUUGUGACAAUUAUGGUAUGUAUAAGUUUGGUAUGCAGUUGUGUAGUAUGAAACAGUGACUAUGGCUAUGUAAGUCCAUGUAUAUGGUUUGAGUAUAUAUGUUUGUGAUGAAUUAUUUUGCAGGACAAGUUGCAAGAACUGUUAGCCCAUUACGCGAGUAAUUCAUGUCGAAAUUUUAUUUGGGUAAAUUUUGAUAAUUAAUGUAGCACCCGAGAUUAAUUCCGCUGCAAUUGUGUGAACAAUAUGAUUAGGCAAAACGUAUAGGGUAGGGUGUUACAUAAAUUCCAUCCGAAAAUAAAUUGGCACAAAUCGAUGCUUAACGGACAUAUCAUCCGUGGAGAAUAGUAUCAAUAGACUUCAUUAUCAGUGGAUAAUAGCCUCGGCCUGAUUCUGUGAUCUGUAGCCUCCAAAAUCGAAAGAAAAUGACAUUUCGGAUAAAUCGACCGAAAUCUGUGAUGGUACCCCUUUGGAAUCUGCCAAAAAUUGACCCGGAAUAAAUCCGCCCAAAUCGGUGCUUAAUGGACUCAAUCAUCGUUGGAGAAUAGCCUCAGGCCGAAUCGGUGAUCUGUAGGCUUCAAUAUUCAAAGAAAAUGGACUUUCGUCGCCCAAGAAAUUACGAAAAUGCUAUCCGAAAAUAAAUUGGCACAAACCGAUGCUUAACGGACAUAUCAUCCGUGGAGAAUAGUAUCAAUAGACUUCAUUAUCGGUGGAUAAUAGCCUCGGCCUGAUUCUGUGAUCUGUAGCCUACAAAAUCGAAAGAAAAUGACAUUUCGGAUAAAUCGCCCGAAAUCUGUGAUGGUAACCCUUUGGAAUCUGCCAAAAAUUGACCCGGAAUAAAUCCUCCCAAAUUGGUGCUUAAUGGACUCAAUCAUCAUUGGAGAAAAGCCUCUGGCCGAAUCCGUGAUCUGUAGGCUUCAAUAUUCAAAGAAAAUGGACUUCCGUCACCCAAGAAAUUAAAUUAAUUCCAUCAGAAAAUAAAUUGGCACAAAUCGAUGCUUAACGGACAUAUCAUCCGUGGAGAAUAGUAUCAAUAGACUUCAUUAUCGGUGGAUAAUAGCCUCGGCCUGAUUUCGUGAUCUGUAGCCUCCAAAAUCGAAAGAAAAUGGUAUUUCGGAUAAAUCGUCCGAAAUCUGUGAUGGUACCCCUUUGGAAUUUGCCAAAAAUUGACCCGGAAUAAAUCCGCCCAAAUCGGUGCUUAAUGGACUCAAUCAUUGUAGGAGAAUAACCUCAGGCCGAAUCCGUGAUCUGUAGGCUUCAAUAUUCAAAGAAAAUGGACUUUCGUCGCCAAAGAAAUUACGAAAAUGCCAUUCGAAAAUAAAUUGGCCCAAAUCGAUGCUUAACGGACAUAUCAUCCGUGGACAAUAGUAUCAAUAAACUUCAUUAUCGGUGGAUAAUAGCCUCGGCCUUAUUCCGUGAUCUGUACCCUCCAUAAUCGAAAGAAAAUGGCAUUUCGGAUAAAUCGUCCGAAAUCUGUGAUGGUACCCCUUUGGAAUCUGCCAAAAAUUGACCCGGAAUAAAUCCGCCCAAAUAGGUGCUUAAUGGACUCAAUCAUCGUUGGAGAACAGCCUCAGGCCGAAUCCGUGAUCUGUAGGCUUCAAUAUUCAAAGAAAAUGGACUUUCGUCGCCCAAGAAAUUACGAAAAUGCCAUCCGAAAAUAAAUUGGCCCAAAUCGAUGCUUAACGAACAUAUCAUCCGUGGAGAAUAGUAUCAAUAGACUUCAUUAUCGGUGGAUAAUAGCCUCAGCCUGAUUCCGUGAUCUGUAUCCACCAGAAUAGAAAGAAAAUGGCAUUUCGGAUAAAUCGCUUGAAAUCUGUGAUGGUUCCCCUUUGGAAUCUGCCAAAAAUUGACCCUGAAUAAAUCCGCAAAAAUCGGUGUUUAAUGGACUCAAUCAUCGUUGGAGAAUAGCCUCAGGCCGAAUCCGUGAUCUGUAGGCUUCAAUAUUCAAAGAAAAUGGACUGUCGUCACCCAAGAAAUUACGAAAAUGCCAUCCAAAAAUAAAUUGAGCCAAUUCGAUGCUUAACGGACUUAUCAUCCGUGGAGAAUAGGAUCAAUAGACUUCAUUAUCGGUGGAUAAUAGUCUCGGCCUGAUUCCGUGAUCUGUAGCCUCUAGAAUCGAAAGAAAAUGGCAUUUCGGAUAUAUCGUCCGAAAUAUGUGAUGGUACCCCUUUGGAAUCUGCCAAAAAUUGACCCGGAAUAAAUCCGCCCAAAUCGGUGCUUAAUGGACUCAAUCAUCGUUGGAGAAUAGCCUCAGGCCGAAUCCGUGAUCUGUAGGCUUCAAUAUUCAAAGAAAAUGGACUUUCGUCGCCCAAGAAAUUACGAAAAUUCCAUCCGAAAAUAAAUUGGCACAAACCGAUGCUUAACGGACAUAUCAUCCGUGGAGAAUAGCAUAAAUAGACUUCAUUAUCGGUGGAUAAUAGCCUCGGCCUGAUUCUGUGAUCUGUAGCCUCCAAAAUCGAAAGAAAAUGACAUUUCGGAUAAAUCGCCCGAAAUCUGUGAUGGUACCCCUUUGGAAUCUGCCAAAAAUUGACCCGGAAUAAAUCCGCCCAAAUCGGUGCUUAAUGGACUCAAUCAUCAUAGGAGAAAAUCCUCUGGCCGAAUCCGUGAUCUGUAGACUUCAAUAUUCAAAGAAAAUGGACUUCCGUCACCCAAGAAAUUAAAUAAAUUCCAUCAGAAAAUAAAUUGGCACAAAUCAAUGCUUAACGGACAUAUCAUCCGUGGAGAAUAGUAUCAAUAGACUUCAUUAUCGGUGGAUAAUAGCCUCAGCCUGAUUUCGUGAUCUGUAGCCUCCAAAAUCGAAAGAAAAUCGUAUUUCGGAUAAAUCGUCCGAAAUCUGUGAUGGUACCCAUUUGGAAUCUGCCAAAAAUUGUCCCGGAAUAAAUCCGCCCAAAUAGGUGCUUAAUGGACUCAAUCAUCGUUGGAGAACAGCCUCAGGCCGAAUCCGUGAUCUGUAGGCUUCAAUAUUCAAAGAAAAUGGACUUUCGUCGCCCAAGAAAUUACGAAAAUGCCAUCCGAAAAUAAAUUGGCACAAAUCGAUGCUUAACGGACAUAUCAUCCGUGGAGAAUAGUAUCAAUAGACUUCAUUAUCGGUGGAUAAUAGCCUCGGCCUGAUUCCGUGAUCUGUAUCCACCAGAAUCGAAAGAAAAUGGCAUUUCGGAU